CGCAGUCAGAAGGUGACGGCGGCGGCGAGAACAUGGCGUUGAAUCGGAAUCACUCGCAGAAUGGCGGCGUCAUCAUCCACAACGGAGAGAGCUUUUUAAAGGAGUGCAAAGAUGUGGAGCUUUCAUUCAGUGAUUUGACAGUGAAGACUGAUUAUUUUAAAGGGACCAAGAAGGGAACUCUGUAUUUGACUCCAUACAGGAUGAUCUUUCUAUCAAAAGGAAAGGAUCCAAUGCAGUCAUUCAUGAUGCCCUUCUACCUUGUAAAAGGAUGUUCUAUUGAGCAACCAGUCUUCUCGGCUAAUUACAUAAAGGGAACCAUUCGGGCUGAACCUGGAGGUGGCUGGGAAGGUCAGGCUUCAUUUAAAUUGGUUUUCAACAGUGGAGGAGCCAUUGAUUUUGGUCAAUUGAUGUUCAAAGUGGCGCAACAAGCUUCUAGGGGUACUCCUGCACAGAACAAUGCUUUUGGAUAUGAACCAAUGGGGGUUAUGAAUUUUGGAUUUGUGCCAGCAAAUGGACCGUACGCAGCAAAUGGACCGUACGCAGCGAAUGGACCCUAUGCAGCAAAUGGACCAUAUGCAGGGAACGGUCCAUAUCCAUAUCAGCCUCCUCCUUUGAAUGGAGGUUAUGGACCACCACCAACAUCAAUGGGAUAUCUUUAUGGAAUGCCUGCACCACAGUCAGGUGUCCAUCCAUCUGCUCCUGCCAUGGAUAUGUGCAUGCCUCCCCCACCUCCUUAUCCUGGACCUCCAUCAGCCAAUGUAGCUGACCAUGGAUUGCCUGGUGGAGCUAAAGCAGCAGAAGCAGCUUCUAGCGCUUACUAUAACCCAUGCAACCCUCACAGUGUGUACAUGCCAAUGGAUCAGCCCCCACCAUAUACCCCAGCAGAUGAAAAGAAGAACAACUGAACCUGUUUGAAGUUCUUAUUCUUCCAACUAUUUGUGAAUUAUUUACUUUUUAAAAAGUGUGUUGUUAGAUGCUGUAUUUUUAUUAGACUUGACCCAGUCCAUCUCUUUCCACCUUGUGUCCUCCAGCUAAGGAAGUGAGUCUUGGACUGCAGGCAUCUUAUGGUGGUGUCCUUGCACAGAUGGCCUGUGCAUUGAAGUAGGUGAGGUGGCCAUUGCAUUACACCAUUGUACACUAUCUCUUUCCUAGUUGUCUCUCUUUGACUUCCCUUGCCUUUCAGAAUUAAGUCUGCCUCCUAACCUCUGACCUCCAUAUAUUGUCGCCAUAGAAUGCAGGUGUUGGGGAAAAAAAUUGACCAAACUACUCUGGUGAUUCCACUUGAGCUAUGUCUGCCUAAACUCUACAGGAUCUAUUCCAUUAGGAAUUCUGGACAAACCUGGGGAUGAAAACAUUAGACUAAUAUGACAAAUCCCAGUUUUGGAGUAUUGCCCUUGGUGUUGUAACUAUUUAGACUGUGAAGGCAGUGUUAAUGAAAACAAAAAUAUUGCUUGUAAAUAUGAUAAUAUUCAAAAUAUGCCAGAAAGGUAUAAAAUUAUUGAAAUUAUUUUGUAUAGUACCAACAGAAACAAUGUUUUCCUACAAACCGACAAUGCUAUUUUAAGUAAUGCCUGUGAAAAUAGAUUAAUAACACAGCUAUACUCAUUAGCCGGUCAUCACACAAUAGGCUUUGGGAUUUUGAUGUUUGAUGUACCAAGGCCAUUUGUUUAAAUUUCUCAGUAACAAAUAAAAUACUUCAUGUUUUUGAAAUUAGAUAAUAUCAACAUUAUUUGGAAUAUUACCAAGAAAUAUUUUUACAGCUUGGUAGGAGGGGAUUGGAGAAGUUAUUCUGUAAUAUUUGUCUGACCUACUUCAUGAAAGUUUUAUUGUAAUUUCUUAUAGAGGAGCAUAAAAUCAGAUUGACUUGUUUCUAAACUUCAACAUUUGCUGUAUCUUGAUUCUAAAUUUUACAUUUUAGUACCCACGUGACAGUUUGUGUUACUAUAGAUAAGGAAUGUAAGUUUCAGGAAUUUGAAUCCUGUUCAUCACUUUGCAUUGUCCCCACCAUAACUGAUGACCAAUCAUAUUUUAUACAGUUUGUUGAAUGGGCCUAAAGGGUGCACUUAGACACACACGGGAUUGGAAAGACACAAUCCAUAAUUCCACUGCUGAUGUUCAGUUUCCUUCAUUGCUGGAACCAAUGUGCACAAGAUCCAUCAUUGCUUAGCAGGGUCUUGACUUUAUUUAUGAAACCUUUUGUCCUUCCAUGACACUGCUUGUUUAAUUUUUAAGAAUGAUGUACUGUGUUAGUUACUUCCAGAAGGAUUCUGUAACUUGUUAGUAGAUAGAUAUAGUAUUUGGUCAUUUUGAGGGAACGGCUAGAGCUUAACAGUUACAGAUAAAGGUAACCAGGGCACAGGCAUAAUAUGAAGCAUUCUGGUAAAUUUCUUUGAAUAGAUCAAAAGUUUACCAACUAACUCUGGUGAAGAGAUAUUUAGGCCUGCUGAUUUCCUCCAGUACUUUGUGUGUGUUGAUGGGAUAAUUGAGUUUUCUUUUUAAUUAAUUAUAAAGUAGGUAAACUGGAGUGUAUUUCAUCUGUUUCAGCUUUGGUGAUUAUCCUCUCAAAGGAGGAUACUUUGGUGGAAAUAUUAGAAAACUUUAGUAACUAAUCUCUUUGAAAUAAUGAUGAAAGCCCAGUAAGGUGUUUCACACAUGGUCAUAUUGCAGGUCUGGUAAUAGUACAUUGUCUAGAUCUCUGACCAAAAUGAUAAACACCUGUUCAUCUAGUCACCUAAAGACAAAUCCUGAGCAAUUGAUAUGGUUACCCCAGAGGUUUGAUCAGUUUGGACUACUCUCUCAUUUCCCUGUCAACAGUGUAACUCCACUCUAUGAGUAGCUCAGUAACCAUUGCCGCCUUGGCUUGCUGUUGUGUGUGUGGGAGAAUGAAGGAACACGAGGGAGGUAGCCUGCAAAAUAGAUGGAGGAUGAAGACUGAACUCUGUUAAUAUUUUUCCAAAGCAAAAUGAUAAAGAAAAUUAAUCAUUGCUACACUGCUGUAGACUUUUGUACCAUUAACCAUGCAUGUCAUGAUGGUGGGGGUAAAGCAAGAGGCACUGGUAUGGCUUUUAUUUUUUCUCUACUUAGCUACAAGUGGUGCCUGACUUCUUAGAAGCAUUGUCCCUUCACAGUAGCAUGUUCCUACAUCUGAUUUUUUUAAUAUAUACACUGAAAGAAAAUUACUAAACAUCUCAACUCUUUCAAUUAAAAUUUGAUAUUUAUAUCUUUUACUGAUGAUGAUAAAAUAAUAUACAAAGAGACAGAAGGAAGUGUGGUUGAAACGCUGCCACAGCAAGGAAAGACAAUGUGUUUGACCCAUUGUGUGCAUUCUGAUUUUAUUAUGAUUUUGAGAAUACAAAAGCGACUGAAUUAAUAAGCAAAUGAGGUUGAUUGAGAACUUCAGUUUGAUUACUGCUGAACUUUAUAGUUGCAAAGCAUUGAAUAUACAGUUAAAUCAUAGCUGAGUGUUGUAAUGUUGAUAGUUACAGUGCUCGUCUUUGGCAAAGAGCUGAAAGGAACAGAAUUUAAUAGGUUUUUAAAACAAAAUUAAUAGGUCCUUUUUUAGCAAUGAUGUGGCAUCGUGGUGUAUUGGCAAGUUCUUAGUUAAAACCAUUAGUAGUCUUCCAUCUAAAAGCAGUUCAGUAGCUUCUUUCAUUGAUAAUGGUACAGACCACACCAGUAAUUUAAGCACUCUUAACUGGAGAGCUAUUUAAAGCACCUCCAUGGUCAGAAGGAGUCCUCUUGUAAACUUUCAUUGGCAAGUGGUCAUAACUAGUUGAAUAGGCCGAUGAAUGAAGAUUCACACUUUUUCUCUAGACUUUGGGAAAUAAUUCUGCUGUGUAUUGGGUUUACAACUGUUGCAGUUGGGUGAUUGCAGGAUAAAGUAGGCAUUUAGCACAGCUAUUAAUUCAUACUGUAGAUUUAUGGAUCUUCAUAUAGAUUCCAAAACCACUAAAAGAAUUGUUAGUUUUAAAAGAUCUUUCUUUAUAUAUAGUUUCUUGAAAAGGAAGAGUUCACUAACUUUCCUUGCAUAUUUUGCAAGUAACAAUGUAUCAGGAAAUUUGCACAAUGCACAUUGAGGCUGCUGCACCUUGCAUCCUGUUUUACACUGGUUUCAGAGUUAAUCUGGUUCCCAUCACCAUACGGAUAUCAUUGUUGUCAACCAGAAACUCGAGGAUGAAGGAAAAUCCAACUCCUUAGAACACAAAGCCAUCGGUGCAAAAAUUACUGCAACCAGAGUCACUCUGAGACCAACAAUUGUGUAAAUGGGACUUUCUGGGGGAAUUGUUUAAAAAUUAUCUGCAAUCCUGAUAUAUUCAAGCAAAACAACCUGCCUUGAAGUAGGGGAAAUUCCAGCAGCUUUUCAGACUUCCUACAAUUUAUUUGCUUCCACUAAUCAGUUUCUCCCAAAUUGCAACUGUAUAUGCAAUAUUUAUCAGUUCAGGUACACGGAUAAGGUUAUAGUAAACCAUCUUAAAUGUGUGCCAAUUGUUAGCAUGUCCUUCCAUUUGAAAGUAAUUGUUUAGAAAUGUUAAAAUGGUGUGUAAAAUAUAAUGUAAAAUAGUGAAUUAUAUUGUAGGAAAGGAAAAACAAUCUAGAACUUUCAAUUGUAGUUAAUAACAGCAAAAAUUUCUGGAAUACUUGGGUAUUCUCCAAUUUCCUUGUGUUACUUGAAAUACAGAAUUUCUGUGAAUUGUUGAAUUGGUAGGAAGUUCUUUGAUUAUUUUCUUAAUGCUGAUUUUUAUCUUAAGUUGGCUAGUUUUUUUUAUUUGAUCUUUGCUUUUGACCAUGUAUUGAUGCAGUAAACUGAACAAGUAUUAAUCAAAAUAAAUUUGAAAGGAAAGACCAUGGAGCAUAUACCCAUCUGAAUCUGAGAUGCCGCAAAACCAAGUGUGACAGCUUUAAAGCAAUAUGCUUAAGUUAAAGGAAGGUGACUAAUGUAAUAAGAUCUGAGGGAAAAUAACAAUGCAUUGCUCUUUAUUUAAUCUGUACUUUUGUAUUAACUGGAGAAUUGAGUGACCUGCUAGAUUUAUAAAAAUGAAUGUGUUUACUCAUUGUGUAUAAUUCUGUAUGUAUGUAUGCUUCAAUAAAGCUUUACUACUUGUUAAUAAAUGCUUUCAUAAGCAAAUAAAAACACUUGUGCAAUGUGAGCA